AUGCCGCACUCCAAGACCCCGGGCCAGUCCAACGCCGCUUCGGAGAAGUUCAACAAGCAGGAUGCUGAAGCAAAAGGUCUAGGCGCCUCGAAUGCGCCAGCCGCAAAGGAGCACUCUAAACCCGGCGAAGCACCGGUAGCCUCCGACAGUGGGAACUCGAAUGUGGGCGUUGAUCCCAGUGCAAACAACCCGGGCGAAAAAGGAAUUGGUGGACCAAACUAUGGAUCGCGAUAG